CGCGACUGAUCUUUCUCCAGGAAGACAUGAGUGUGCCCCGGGAGCUGCAGGUUAGUGAGGGCUGAGGAAGCUGCACUGUGCCCCCGACAGGAGGCGCUAUCCCAGGAGCUGCUGACAGAAGUGCGCUGCGCCUGCCUGUACUUGUCUCCUAAGUUACCACACAGUGACGGCUGAGUGACACCUGACAUCAGGAGGAGCCCAUGAGACCUGUGCAGAAUUUAAUGCCUGUGUUUUGGGAUGGCUGACAACCAUGAAGAUGUUCUUCACCUGCCAUUUGUGGAUGGGUCCUUUAUUGAAGGUGUAAGCAACCAAGUGAUUGUCGCAGUAGUCAUCAGUUUACUCUUCAUUGCUGCGCUCACAUAUUUAAUGUUACAAACUAAUGUUUUCCAUUUGUUAAACAGAAGUGAGCAGCAAAACAUUCACCCCGAAAAUCAAGAAAGGGUAAGAGCUAUUAGGGAGCAACUACAAAAUGAACAGGAAACAACUGUCCAACCUCGACAUCAGUUCUACUCAGAUAUGUCUUGCCCAGUCUGUUUACAGCUGGCUACAUUUCCCGUGGAAACAAACUGUGGACACCUUUUUUGUGGUCCAUGCAUUAUUGCAUACUGGAGAUACGGGUCAUGGCUCGGUGCUAUCAGCUGUCCUAUUUGCAGACAAACAGUUACUUUAUUGUUUCCAGUGUUUCAAGUCAGUGAACAACAAGAUGCCCAAGAAAUUUUUCAGGAAGUUAAUAGUUAUAAUAGAAGAUUUUCUGGCCAGCCCCGAUCUCUCAUGGAUAGAAUUAUGGACUUGCCAACAUUGCUGCGCCAUGCUUUCCGUGAAAUGUUUUCUGUGGGUGGUUUAUUCCGGAUGUUUCGAAUAAGGAUUGUACUCUGCCUGCUUGGAGCAUUAUUUUACCUGGUUUCACCCCUGGACAUUAUUCCCGAAGCUCUCUUUGGUAUCCUAGGCUUCAUGGAUGACUUGUUUGUCAUAUUUUUGCUACUUAUUUACAUAUCUAUUAUGUAUCGGGAAGUAGUGACUCAGAGACUAAAUAGGUGAAAGAUAUGACAAGUUUUGCAUUACAGAAGCCUUUAAAUAACUAUGCAGGUUUGAGUUUACUGAACCACUGUCAGCGUAACUGGAAUUUGUUAUUCAUCAUGUUCUUUCUCUGGAUUGGUUAAAAAUGUUCUCUGUCCACCAAUUUCUCUGUUUUUCCCAAUGUAAAUGUAUGAUAAAAUUAACUACUGAUCAUCUGGUUAUUGACCGAUCUAUCAAACCACCUCUGCAAUGAAGCACACACGCCACCUUUACCUCCUCUAUAUGUGAAUUUCUAUUAAACUGGCCUUUCUAUGGAUCCAUAUUAUUGCAAAGAUGGAUGGUAACGGUUCCAUGUGUUUUUAGGACUGUCCUAGUUGGAGUAAACAGUCAUUCAGCAGGUUGGAAUUCAGUUUGGCCUAUCCUGCUAUAAAAAAAUGCACUUCAAGUCUAUCUGAAGUUCACAUACAAAAACAGCAAACAGUACAAUUUGUUUAGGAUCCUCAUCUGCCCUUGGCUGAAAAAAACUUAAACUAUCCUAUUUAUUGCUUCUGACAUUGGCAUUCUUCUUAUAUGCAGUAUUUUACCACAGUAGCAAGAUUUUACAGUAUCUUGUGCAAUCCUUGCAGUAUUUAAACCACACUACACUCUGUGUUUGGGGGUAACUAACUGUUCCCCCUUAUCAAAUUUAAUGACAAUAGAACACACAUGGGGGGGGGGGAAUUGAAUUGUGAAACUGCAGUUUUUAAUUGCAGGUUUUUGCACAGUAUUUUUUAAACCUAAAUCUAGAACUGCACAAAAAAAAAAAUCUAGUAUUACAUGUAGAAACUGGUUUUGUGUUGGACAAAAUGUGAAUAAGUCUACAAACCUAGGCCAUCAAUAUAAGAUUGGCCUUGGUAUGACUCCUGACACCUCCCACUAAUCGGCUGCAGUGUCUGUGCAAAAACCUUUUGCCUCUUCAAUGUUUACCAGCGCUCAUACCUGUAUCAACUUAUUAGUGACAACACUACAAGUGAACGGGGGAACACUGCAGUACCUUGUAUGCCAGAUACCAUGCUAGUAAACAUUGAAGAGACUGCGGCCCAUGCAUGAGUUCUGUGGCCCCUUCAAACACCACAUAUUGAGGACAGGGUUACCCCUUUAAGGAGAGGACAUUAAUAUUAAAGGCUCAAAAAAAUCAAUUCUUUAUAUUUUUACUACUUGUUUAUCAAAAGGAACUUAUUUUACUUCAGAUCUUUGUACUGAAUAAUUUUGUAACAUUAUAAUAAUGUUUGACAAAACACAAUUAUAUAAUUCUGUUAAACUUGAGCUAAGUGAAAUAUAGUAGUGUAUAUGCCUUUUUUAAAGAAUUUUUUUUUUAUAGCAGGCAUUUCUAAGACAGACUUUUUGUUAGUAAGGACACACCACCUUAUAACACCAUACAUAAAGCUGCAGCUACCUGAGGCAGACUGGUAGAGUGUCCAUAAACUGGCUGAUAACGCUGUUCUUCUCAAAGCUAGGUUGGCAUUGGACUGACUGCAAGGAAGUAUAAAAGCAGCUUGGCAGCAAGCAUUACAUGUAGUGCGCCUUUUUAUACUUUAGUACAAAAUGACACCCCAUUGGCACUUCUCAGAGAUUUUAUUACAGACAAUUUGACACAACCUCCUAGGCAAAGGGUCAUUGACUUCAAUGGUCUUUGUCCUUGAGAGGUCUCUUCCAUGAAUGGAAGGUUUACAAUUACUGGGAAAUGGUAUUUAAAGAUAUGAGCAAAAUAUAUGCAUCUUACUCACAACCGUAAUGCAUAAAAAUUGUUCCAAAAGACUUUUGUUGUCAUCUUUAUCAGUCGGGAACUAUCUUUAAAGUUUGCCUAUCCUGGUGGUAGACUAAAGGAAAGUAGCUAUAAUUCUCAGUUUCGCUUUCACACAGGACAAAAAUGUGUAGCUGUUUACAAAGCACGUUAAUGGCUUGCUCUUAUUUACAUUUAUUGAACAUUGAGCCAUUUGGUUGUUAUGAUUUAGCUGAAAUAUUCUUAACAACAUGUUUCUGUUUUUUUAAAUGAAUAUUUAUGUAUAAGUUUGUAAAAUAUAAAGUAUAUAAUAUCCCGUUAAUAACUUCAAGCUGUUUUACUCUUAGGCCAUGGCUUUAAUAGUAAUAUAAAAAAUAUGUUGGUAUAAAGAAGCACUCCAACAUUGCAUUUUUUGAUAAUACAAUGCAGCAUAGGCAAUGUAAAAGGAGUUGUCAUUACACAGUACAAUUGGUUGCACAAAAAACAAGCCCUCAUAUGGGUCUGUAGAAUGGAAAGUAAAAGAGUUAUGGCUCUUAAACACAAAAAUAGAAAUGGUUGUUUACUAUCUUGAUUCCCUUUAUUCCUUCUGAUAUGGUUAUCCUAGUGGCAACUAGGUUUUCCAUGAUAUCUGUGAUUUUGCAGAGACAGGCAGAGUCUCAUAACUAGACAAGUUUCUGCUUAGAGUUCUAAAUACAGUAAGUGAUCGAUCCUGGAAUGUCUAUCCCGCAACUCGUGUCAUAUAAAGAAUCAGUGUAUUUCUAUAUCAUGCAUUUUUAGAAUGUGCACUUCCGAACGGGGCAUUUUUUUUCCGUUAGCUCUGUGCUAGUACACAAAUAGAAAAGGGAAACCCUUCUUUUAUGCAGGUGAUAUAUGUGACCACCACUCCAUCUACUGCUAUGGGCCUGAAGGAGAUCACACCCUUCUCCCACCAGCUUUACUGCAUGCCGAAAAAAAGCUGUUUAAUGUAAUUUUUCUGCUCUAGGAAGUAUCAAAAUGAUAUUCUAUUCACCUGACAGGUUCUCUUGUAAGAGUACUAAUAAUAUCUUUAGUAAAGAUACUAAUGUCCUGUUAAUUGUAAGCCCAAAAGUAUUAUGUUAAUAUAAAAGUUUUAUUUCUUGUAAAUUUCACAUGUGGUAUGAUUUGGCAUUGCACUAUUCAUGAUGCCAAACAUUGAAGGGGACCACUUGAUUUUUGAAAGGUGAUCUGUACGCACAAAUAUACGGUACAUAGAAAUAUUUUAUAACGUUGGUAGAUAUAUUUUAGGUGUUGUGAUCUUUGGAAGGAAAAAAUAUUUUACGAAAUACCCAACAGUAAAAGCUUUAGCUUUCAGUACUGCUUAAAAAUAAAUUCUUCAGGACUUUGUUUUUUGUGCUUGGCAUACUAGGCCUAAUUCAUAUAACUUUUUGUCCACCAUAUACAUUGGGAUAUCGCAAGAAGGUAAACCACAGCAUAAUCGCAGCAGAUUAUUGGACUAAGGUAUUUUACUCUUUACUAUGUUUGGUGCAUUACCUGAACAUAUACUUUCUUUUGUGUGGGAUCCGGUAGACCACACUUUUGGUUCCUUCAAAAAAAAAAAGAAAAGAAAAUUAUACCUUGGACUACUCUUGAUCUAUUAAAGAGAAAAUUCCCAGACCCAUUUGGCCUGUUUGCAGCCACUGGAGGCGGUUGGGAACCUAAAAGCAGCUGAUUUAAACAAGUUACCCAAUUUGCAUAACUUCCAUUAACAUUAAAUGGGUACUUAGCGUUUGGAACUGUUCCGAACGCUGGAGCUGGUGCCGGGACCUCGCGACGUCAUAGCCCUGCCCCCUCAUGAUUUCAGGCCCCCCCCACUCAAUACAAGUCUAUGGGAGGGGGCGUGACAUCAUUGAGGGGGCGUGACAUCAUGAGGGGCAGGGCUAUGAUGUCACAAGCUGCCGGCUCCAGGGUUCAGAACAGUUUGUUCCAAACGCUGAGCAGUGGAGUACCCCCUUUUAAUGAGAGUUGUGAAAAUAGGAUAGCCAUUCAAGCUAUGCUGUGUACAUAACUUUGGGCGUACACUGUGCUACACUUGGCAACAUCCUAAAAUAUAUAUAUUUAUAUAUAAAUAUGUGAAUUAGGCUUUAGGGGGUUUAGGGCAAUAUUAACAUCUCAAAUGGUUUUAUACAAUGACUGUAUUUUUCUUACAUGUACAGCUGUCUGAUGAAGGGAAUCUGUUAAUAUGUUAACUUGCAUACAAACUAUCAAUUAACAAAAGAAUGUACAUUCUCCUCAGUGUAACAACUGAAUGUAAAGUCUCUUACUUGUUUGUAUUGAUCUAAUUCUAUUGUAUAAAGGACUUCAG